AUGCCACACGCAAAGGCCGUAUCGAAGCACCUUCCAGAAAGGCAAAGAAAAAUCCACAUUAAAUCUGCGACCGCUUUUCUAUAUCUUUUCCUAUCCCUGGGCUCUCCAGAUAGCCCUGGUUUUAUCUACACUCUUCGGUCUACCAUUCCCAUUGGCGCCGGUCUCGGCAGCAGUGCCAGUAUUUCAGUGUGCUUGAGCGCAGCCUUACUCAUCCAAAUGCGCGCGCUUGCUGGACCCCAUCCCGAUCAGCCUUCCCAAGAGGCAGAAGCGCAGAUUGGGCAUAUUAAUCGCUGGGCGUUUGUGGGCGAGCUGUGUAUCCAUGGAGACCCCAGCGGGGUGGAUAACACGGUAUCUGCAAGUGGAAAGGCUGUCGUGUUCCAAAGAAACGUUUCUGGUCCGCCCUCCGUCAUUCAUCUCAACGAGUUCCCAAGGUUACCACUUCUGCUUGUCAACACUCAACAAUCACGAUCCACCUCCGUAGAGGUGGAAAAAGUGAAAAAAUUGAAAAUCAAUCAUCCUGAACUAACAGAGAUGAUUUUGGAGGGCAUUGGCAAAGUUGCAACUUCUGCGCUAGAGCUAAUAUCAUCGCUUGAUUUCCACGUAAAUGGAAAUCCAGACGCUCUCGAUCAGUUGGGAUCUUUGAUUGGUGUGAACCACGGAUUAUUGGUAUCUCUAGGAGUCUCCCAUCCUCGUCUAGAGCGUGUUCGUGAGCUUGUCGAUCAUUCAAAACUUGGUUGGACCAAACUCACUGGUGCUGGAGGUGGUGGGUGUACUAUCACGCUCUUCCGGCCAAACACUGAAGAGCGAAUUAUCGAAGAGCUGGAGCAAAAGCUUACUGCAGAAGGGUUUGCAAUAUAUGAAACCACUCUUGGUGCAGACGGAGUCGGAGUCCUGUGGCCUGCCGUAUUUCGGUGUGCCACUGAUGCAAAAGCUGGCAAAGAGAUUGAUCAGGAGAUGUUUGAAAGUGCUGACGGCGUCCAAGGUAUAAACCAGCUAGUUGGAGUAGGAGCGCAAGAAAAUCGAGAAGGCUGGAAAUUUUGGACACGAGAUACUUGUUCUAGAUAA